AUGGAGAGACUGAACAGUUCCAACCAUCCUCAGUUCCAUCUGAAGAGAAUCGGACCAGCUCCUAAUAGACCAAGGGUGGUUUCUGUCAUGGAUUUUUAUAAGGUAACAAGUAUCAUUGGACGGAAUGGUCUAGAGGUUGAUUUCUACAUUGAUUCGGACACCAGAGUGCAGUCACAGAUGAUUUCCCGAAUUCAUGCUCGAGUGGUUAUACAACCAAACAAUGACCACAAAUUGUUUGAUGAUAGUUUGAAUGGUGUCUUUGUGAACCAUAUUAAGAUAAGAGGGAAUGUUAUAUUAUCUGAGGGGGAUAGAGUGACCUUUGGCCAUCCUGUUGGACGAGACAUUCCAUUUGGGACGUGGGAAAGACAGGUCAACAACCACCAUCAAUUUAUCUUUGAAAAGUGUUGCUGUGAAUUAAAACCUACUAAAAAAACUCCAGUGAAAGGACAAUUUGCUGUUCCUAAGAAACUGACUCCCAAGAAGUUGGCUUCCAAAAGAGAGAGAAAUCAAACUCGGACAUUUACCAAGAAAGAUAUUUUAACACUUAAGAGAAAAAGUGAAGAAGCAGCAGCUGUUACAGGGACAGACAAUAACUCAACAGUAUCACAGACUGACGACAUGAAAAUUCCCCAGACAACAACCUCCUCCUCAGGAGGCAUAGAGAAGUCAUCCACUGAGAAGCCUAUGGAAAUCUGUCCUCGUGAUACAGAAAUUCUUUAUCAAAGAAUCCCAAAUGAAGAGUCUGGAGCAGAAGAAGCUCUAUUAUCAGAUAAAGAAUCUCGAAAGAAAACUGGAAUACAUACCGAGUCAAAUCACAGUGAUGAGAAUGCACCAUUACAAACAGAUCAUGAUGUUCUAGCAAGUCCAGAGGAUAGAAUUCCUGUUUUAGCAGGUCCAGUGGACAGAGCGCCUGUUCUACAAAGUCCAGAGGAAAGGGCACCUGCACUAGCAAGUCAAGAGGACAGAGCAACUGUUCUACAAAGUCCAGAGGACAGGGCACCUGCACUAGCAAGUCAAGAGGACAGAGCAACUGUUCUACAAAGUCCAGAGGACAGGGCACCUGCACUAGCAAGUCCAGAGGACAAGGCACCUUUUCUACCAAAUCAAGAGGUCAGAAAAUCUAUUCUAGCAAGGAUAGAGGACAGGGGACCUGAUCAAACAACUCCAGAGAAAACUUCACCUGUUCAAGCAAGUCCAGAGGACAGAGCACUUGUUUUACUAAGUCAAGAGAACAAAACAGCUGUUCUAGCAAUUCAAGAGGACAGAGCACCUGUUCUACUACUUUCAGAGGACAGGGCACCUGUUCUUCGAAGUCAAGAGGCUGGAGCAUUUAUUGUAGCAAGUCAUGGAGCACCUUUUCUAGCAAGUCAAGAAGAUGAAGCUCAUGUUUUAGCAAGUCAAGAGGACAGAGUACCCAUUCUACCAAGUCCAGAGGAGAAAACACCUAAAUUAGCAAGUCAAGAGGAGAAAACAUCUGUGCUAGGAAGUCCAGAGAACAGGGUACCCAUUCUUGGUAGUCAAGAGGACAGAGCAUCUGUUUUGGUAAGUCCAGAGGACAGGGUAUUUGUUUUAGCAAAUCUAGAGGUCAUGACAUCUGUUUUAACAAGUCCAGAGGACAAAACACCUGCUUUAGGAAGUCCAGAGGACAUGACACUUGCUCUAGCAAGUCAAGAAAACACAGGCCCUGUUUUACCAAGUCCAGAAUACAGAGCACCUGUUCUUCCAAUUCAAGAGGAUGGAGCAAGUGUUCUAGUGAAUCAACAGGCCAGAACACCUGUUUUAGCAAGUUCAGAGGACAGAACACCUGUUCCAGGAAGCCAAGAUUACAAUCCUCAUAUUUUAGCAAGUCCAGAAGACAAAAUACCCAUUCUACCAGGUCCAGAUUAUAAUACACCUGAACUGGCAAGUCCAGAGGACAGAGCACCUGUUCUACCAAAUCAGGAGGACACAACACUUGUUCUAGAGAGUCAAGAGGACAAGACAUCCUUUCCAGCAAGUCCAGAAGUUAAGACAUCCCUUCUAGCAAGUCUAGAGGACAGAGCACCUGUUCUGGCAAGUCCAGAGGACAAGGCACCUGUUCUAGCAAGUCCAGUGGACAGAGCACCUGUUCAAGCAUGUCAAGAGAACAAAGCACACUAUUCUGCAGAUCAAGUGGACAAAACACCUUUAUUAGAAAGUCAAGAGGACAGAGCACCUGUUCUAGCAAGUCCAGAGAACAAAACAUCUGUACUAGCAAUUCAAAAGGACAGAGCCCCUGUUCUAUCAUAUCCAGAGGACAGAGUACCUGUUCUAGCAAGUCCAGAGAACAAAACAUCUGUACUAGUAAUUCAAAAUGACAGAGCACCUGUUCUAUCAUAUCCAGAGGAUAGAGCAUCUUUUCUAUCAUGUCCAGAGGACAGGUCACUUAUUGAAGCAACCCCAGAGGACAGAGCACCUGUUCUAGCAACCAUACCUAGUCAAGAGGAUGAGGCACCUUCUGAUGGAGAUUUAGAAAUGGUUUCUUGUCCAGUUACCAUGCAGAUUGCUACAAGAGAAAAAGCAGUGGAUAGUCAAACUUGUCCAGAGACUGAGUCUUCAGUUCAGCAGGAAGAUGCAGCACAAACAAAAAACAUGAAUACUAAUUCACCUGACAUAAGUAAUUCAUCUGAACUGAGUUGGUCCUCUCAUCAGGAGCAGAAUGCAGAGACAGUCAGUACUACAGUUAAGGAAAUACUUAAGAAACCAUGUGAACCUGAAAUUGAGAAAGAAAAGAAUUUAGACUUGUUACAAAGUUGUGAUGAAUAUGAGUCUGCCACAGACAGUAAUACAAGUAAUCUUUUAUAUGAAUCAGAAAGUAAACCUGAUUUUGUUUCUCAUGAGAUGGUUACUACUGUAUAUGCUAAUGAAGUGACUCUUUCAGCUGAAAAUAACUUAGAUGGAUCUCGAUUCGUUUUGUCAGACUCAAUAGAUUAUACCUAUGAUGAAUCUGAGAUGGACAAUGAUUUCUUAUUUGAUGAAACUGAUGACAGAGUUGUUGUAAAUGAGGUGCAAGAACAGGAGGCAGAUGUUGAGAAAGAGAAUGAAAAUGAUAUUCUGAUGGAAAAAGAUGUGGUAGAGGGUCUUCAUGGAUCUCCUCAGAAGCUGACUUCUCUGUGUGAUGGAAAUGGCCAACAUCAAAGUGUAGAACUUCAACAGGUAUUUACUUCUGAAAAGGAUGGUAUUUAUACAAGUGAUAAAGAAGAAUUCAGAAAUGCAGCAUUAACUUUUGAAAAGUAUGGAAAAGGUGCAGAUCAAGAAGAAUAUAUACAGACAGCAGUGACAUCUGUUCUAGAUCAAAGUGGUGAAGACUGUAUUCAGGAGUUAACCUCUGAGAAGGAUGUUUAUGAACAAGAUCAGAGUAAAGAAGAGGAUGAACAGACAGUUACUUCUCAGAAGGAUGUGUAUGAACAAGAUCUGAGUAAAGAAGAGGGUGUACACACUGUUACUUCUCAGAAGAAAAUCCAGGAAUCAGCAAAGAGUAAUCAAGAGUUUGUAGAAGCAACAACAUCCAAGAAUAAUGUGUAUGAAUCAGAUAAGAAGAUUGAUGAGGGUGCACAGGCCUUUUCAGAUCGGGGUAAAGAGGAAGAACAGGCAUAUUCCUGUGCUAUUGAGAAAAAUUUAUAUGAACCAAAUCAGAGUAAUGAAGAAGUUGUACAGGCAACAACAUCUGAGAAGAGUUUUUAUGAACCUGAGAAGAGAGUAAAUAAACCAGAUAAGAAUGUUGAAAAAUGUGAACAGGCAGCAGUAACAUCAAAAAGCCAUAAUGAAAACCUAAAUGUAGAUGAGCCAGUGUUGACUAUUUCUCCACAGAAAGUGACCAGGACCAGCUUUCUGUUAGCAGACUCUGUAGACUACAGUGUAAAUGAUUGGGUGGAUGAAGAUAAAGCAGAGAAUGAGGAAGACAAUGUGGAGGAUAAAGAUAGAGCAGAGAUUGAGGAAGACAGUGGGGAGGAUGCUGUACAGACAGAAACCAAAAAUGUAACAGAAGAGUUCAAUUGUACUGAAGGUGACGGGGAAGAAAAAUGUUUUAAUGAUAACGAUGAUGGAUUUAGUGAAGUAUGGGAAGAAGAAGUGAUGAUGAGCAUGGAAGAUGAAGAAGUGAGGGAAGGAUAUCAGAACAAAGAGAUGAAGACUGGGAAGGACAUUAUUAGUGAAGAGAUGAUAGAAAGUAUAGAACAGAAUAUAGAUCGGGAUGACAUGGAAAAUGUCAGGAAAGGGGAAGAUCAGAGUGAGGAGGAAGGGAAGAAGAGUGUGAAGAAGCAAGAAGAGGAGGGAGAACAAUUAAAUGAGAAAAUACUAAAGGGGAUGAUAAACAGUGCUAGUGAAUUAUAUGAUGGAGUCAAUGGAAAGGACAACAUACAGAAAGUGAAUUUUAUACAAGAUCUAGAAGAACUUGUUGAUGAAGUAGGUGAAGAUGGGAAGAGAAUAUUGACUGUGAGGGCUGUUACUGAUGAAACAGACCAGGAAAAGGGGGAUGAAAGGGUUGUCAAGGAGGAAAACAAUGAUUCAGAGAUCGAUGAAGACCUUAGAAAUCCUUUGUCAGCAGAUGAUGAAUCUCUAAGUGUGGAUGAAAAAGAUGAAGAACAGAAAAAUGUGGUAAUCAAAGCAUGUGAAGAUUUAGAGGGAGGGAUCUCAGAUACUGGUGAAGGAAACCCUGAAGUAUAUCCUUUGAUGGAUAAUGAUGUAAAGAGAUGUAUAGAAUGGAUUAUCAAAGUGGUGGAAGACCAAAUGCAAAGUCAUCUCUCGGCAUUAACUAGAAUAGGGAACUUUGAUGAUACUGAAGAAAAUGGUAUCAUGGAGAUUAGUACAGACAUAUCUGAUGAAGCUUCUCAUCUGAGUCAGACGAAGUACUUGGGCACCUUGGAAAAAAUAAUGGUCCAGUCUGAAAAAGUUUUACCUCCAAAUGAAUCUGAAACCCAAGUACAGAUUGUGGACACGUCGGACAAGGUACUGCAACAUCAGACUGAGGACCCCAGACAGGGGGAGUGUAUAAUAGGAUCUGUGAACCAUCAGAGUGAAGACCAUCCUAAACCUGUAGAGGAUACAGAAGUAAAGAAGAAUGUAUUAAACUCCAGCUCUGGAGUAAGUUUUACCCAAGAAGCUUCACUGUCACACUCGCAAGUAAAAAGCCCAAACAGGCCCGAUCAUGUUACGGACGGUUCAUGUGUGGAGAGAGAUGUUUGUAGUGAUGUAAUAUUAAGCAAAGGUGUGAUUGAUGAAGACAUUCAUAUACACACAGAUUUGAGUCCAGAUAUUGAGCACACCAUUGAACAGAGGGAGAGGGUGAGUGAGAUACAAAGCAGGUGGGAGGAUGUGGGUCAGGAUGGGAAUGAGGAGACAAAUGACAAACUGUCUCCUGACGAUCAAUGUAAUCUGAAGUGUCAGGAAAAAAAUACUGAAGAAGUGGAAAAGGAUGAAAUGUCUAGCAAUAAGGAAACAGAUUUACAUAAAGAUUGUGUUUUAAAAUCAGAGUUGGAAGUUGAUGAAGAACCAAAUGGUGACAUAUAUAGAAGUAAAGAUUUAGAACAUGAAGACAUUAUUGAGAAUGACAAGUUAGACAAAGAAAAGUUGGAGAAAGAUGAACAAGAUGUAAACAAUGAAAUGAUAGAGAAAAUGGUUUCCAAUGAAGGCAAUGCAGAGACAGAAUCUUGUGCAGACAUGAUGGAGCCUUUAACAUCCAGUGUUACUUCUAGUGAUCUAGUUUGUACCUUUUAUAUUGAUCCUAAUCAGUUAAGCUGUUCCACGGAGAAAUCUAGUUCAGUAAGCAAUAGUUUGGAUCGUAUAAAUUCAGUUGGUUCAGACCAGAUCAGCUGUCCAGCAGAAGAAUCCGAUGUAGUAAGCAAUAGUCUGGAUCUUAUGAAUACAGUUGCCUCAGACCAGAUCAGCUGUCCAGCAGAAGAAAUGGAUGUUGUAAGGAAUAGUAUGGAUGAUCAAUCAGUUGAAUGCCUUCAUUUAAGCUGCUGUGUGAAAGAAUCCAAUAUGGUAAGCAGUAACCUGGAAAGCAAGUCAGAUGAUCUGCAUCAGCUCAGCUGCUCCACUAAAGAGACUAAUUCAGUAAGCAAUAAACUUAAUGAUGAGUCAGCUCAUCCAAAUCAAUUAAACUCGUCCACAGAUGAAUCUGAUUCAGUGGACAAGAGUGUCAGUGUUCAGUCAGUUGAUUCUUACCCGGUAAGAUGUUUAGCAGAAGAAGCCGAUCCAGUAAGCAAUAACCUUGAAUUUAGUAACUCGUCUGCUUCACAUGGGUUAAAGUGCUCAACUGAGGAGACUAAUUCACAGAAUAAUGUUGAUGUUCAUAAACUAAGCUGCUCCGCAGUUAACAGUAGUGCGGGUGUGAAUUCAAAUGAUGGAACACCACUUAUCUGCCCCACGAAAGAAUCCAAUUCAGGAAGCAGUGUUGUACAUGUCAGUUCAGUUCAUUCACACCAACUUAGCUGUUCAACAGAAAAUUUUGAUCCUGUAAGUAAUUAUCUGGAUGAUUCACAUGGAAGCCAUGAACUCCACUCUGUCAGAGAGAAUAUUCCGAACAAAUCCAGCUCAGACAGUCAACAAGAUGAAAGUUGUGAUGCUGAGGACAGGAACUCUUUGUUUAACAUUAAAGAUGAGAACUUAUGCUGUAAUCCUGACAAAGGGAAGUCUGUGGAGAAACAAGAUUUUGAGGAAAUUUCAGACAUGAUUUUACCUGAAAAUGCAGCGGAGAAAGACUCUGAUAUAAGGACUUCUUCAGUCUCUGAAUCAAAAGCAACUAAGUGUGAGGUUGAAAUAGGAUCUGAUGCUGAAAAUUCUGUUUUUCCCACUGAAGAUGCAGAAGGAUACAGCCUGUCUGGAGGAAAAGUUCCAACCACAACCUUAACAGAAACUGUUUGUACAAACCUUUUAGAGGAAUCUUUGGAAUUUUCUUCUGAAAAACAGGAGCAGGAAGUGUUAUCAAAGAGUCGGAAAAGAAAGACAACAGAAACUGAGACGCCACCAUGUGGAGGUGGUAUUCCAGCAAAGAAACAGAGACUCCUCUCUGAGGAGGAGAUUAAACCAGUGAAGAAAAUAGUUUCUAAUUUCUUCAAAAUUCGAGCAUACUGGGAAGAGAGGAAAGAAACUGAUAAGAAAGUUUUAAGAUGUGAUCUGGUGAGAAAUCUUGUCAAACAUUUCUUUCUGGUGAAUUCCUCUCCAGAUUUACAAGUGCAGAGUAAAGGUGAAGUAGAGAGUAAUUCUGUGACUACUGGCUCUGCGAAAAUGAUUGUAUUGGAUGAUGGUUUAUCUGACAAAGACUCGAACAAUAACAGUGGACAGACUGACCAACCAGGAAAAGGAUUGACCAGUUCCUCAGCUGAGCUUCUUGACGAGAAAGUCAGGUGUGGUAUUGAUCAUGAGUCUUGUCCAGAUGAGACCCAGGAAGAAAUCAGGGAAGUUUUAAGUCUGUCACAGGAGUCUUCGUCAACCUUGACCAGUUCUCAACAAAAAAACAUUCCCAUUUAUCAGGCAUCUAUUGAACAAUGCUGUGGUAUUACCAUGGAAAUGGGUAGACCAAAUUCUCAAGGGAAAAAUGUUAUGGACACUCAGGAUAGUUCUCUAACUUGUGAAGUACAAACACAAGCAGAUAAUCUGGAAAUUGAUGUGGAACAAGACCAGGAACAUGAUUCAGAUCAGACCUACUUGGAUGAAGACAGUGAUCAACAUAAAUAUCCAGGAGAGGGUGACAUACAUAUUGUGAGUGGUAGAGGAAGAUCCAUCACUACUGAGUCAGAGACAAGUCAAAUGAGUGAAUUACUUCUGGAAAAUGUUGCUUUUCCUGAUGUAGGAUUAGAUGUGGAGGAAACUGAUGGUUCAUCGCCUGAGAAUUCCAUCUCGGGAGUACAAUCAGUAACAGAGGAUUCCAUUGGAAAUGAAAGCUUUCCUCAGGUUGGGGAAAAUUUUGAAGCAGCCAAAACAGAAGGUUCUCCAAGGAGUUUACAUUCUUCUACCAGUAUAGAUUACACCGCAGAGUAUUGUGCUGGAAUUGUGGAUUCAUCUAAUGACCUGCAAGAGCAUGAAAGUGAGAGCUUUGAACAACAAAGUGACCGUGAUGAAAGACUGAUAAACAAUAAAGAUUUUUCUGAAGAUGGUUCAGAAGAUCACAAAGUGUUGGAGUCUAAGGCAGAUGAGCAGAAUUCCGAGGAGAGCAGAGGAAUAAGUGAAGGUACUGUUGGAUAUAGUGUAGAACAUCAGUCAGGGAGUAGUGAGUUUGACUCAGAAGCUAUAGAAGUUCUCAGCACAAAGUCUACCAGUGAAAGCGAGUUAGAAAUGCUGUAUGGUCGGUCAUCCAAAAAGCCUUGCAGAUUAUAUAGCUCCUCUUCUGACUCGAGUCAGGAAGUCCCAUGCACAAGUCCAAGCAAGAAGGAUUCUAUUAUUUUGAAAGAUGCCAUUAUUAAAGUGUCAAAAUUGGAAGUCACUCCCACAAAACAGGAGGAAUGUAUGCAACAGUGCAGUUCCAAGGAUGAAAAUGAUGAUGAGGAAGAUGGUAAAAAAGAAUACAGGAGCCGUCUUCCAAGGCUUGAAAGUGACAGUGACUUGGAAAUAAAAGAAGAGAAACCUGCCUUGUCAUUGAAGUCUUUAGAUGAUAUCCACAUUUCCUUGUCUGAUUCCAGUAGUGAUGAGUUACCUGAGGUAUUGUUUCUCAGAGAGGAGAAGGCUGAUCCUGCUUUAUCUGUGUCAUAUAAUAGAGCACUGACUAUAAAAGAGGAGCCCACCACCCCAGCAAAAACUCCUGCACAGUCUAAAGCUUCCCAGAGGUUGGAGAGGACACCAGUCAAAUCUGCAGAUGGUUCAAGUCCAAGAAAGGUACUCAGAAAAAGGUUGUCUUUGAAGAGGACACCAUUGAAGAAGGAGAAGGAAGGUAAACUAACUCCUACACCCAGAAGAAGAAGUCCACGAAAACCAAAGAAGAAUAUGGACCAAAAACCAGUGAAAAGUAUGUACAUUGACAGUGACAUAGAAAUUGUCUCUGGGUCAGAGAGUGAUACAGACUUUACUCCUUCAAGGCUGAAGUUAAAACAGGAAGUUGUCAGUGGAUCAAACAGUGACUCUGACGGGGACUGCAGUAAAAGAAGACUCACUCAGUCCAGACAAGAGUUAUCUGGACGUAGGAAUCGCACAACGCUCAACUCCAACCAAACAGAAAAUGAAAGGCCAGAGACAUCUAAUGAACAAACGGACAACGAAAAACCCAUGCCAUCUAAUGAUGAGGAGGAUGGAAUAGAGAGGAUUUAUCCAUUACAUGAAAACGAUGGAAUUAAGAAGAUGCAUCCAUUACAGAAACUGUCCUCUUUGGAAAGUCAAGAUGCUGGGUCUAUGUCAGAUAUCUUCCAGUCAGAGGAGUCCAAAGAUGAUGACCUCAUCCAAUCAGAUGGUGAAAAAACAAUAGUGGAAAAUAGAGAGAAAGGAGAUGAGAACAAAGGACAGACUCCACAGACCACAGCUGAUAAUGGUGCAGAACAUUCUAAUGAUGUAUCAGAUGCCACAGAAAGAGCUGGCUCAGCAGGUGUAGCAGAAAAAAAGCUUCAGGAUAAAAAAGGGGCAAGUGAAGGUCCAGAAAAAGAAACAGCAGAUACAAUGAAAGAAAAUUUACAAAUGGCAGAUAGCAAACUUGAUAAUAUGGAAAGGGAUAAUGAGGAUGUACUUACAGAUCCAUAUAAAGACAAAGUGAAGGAUGGAAUUGAUAUCCCAGACAUUGAUCACUAUGGUGAGGAUUAUGUGGCUGACACUUGUCCUGAGGAGAGUGAGGAGGAGACAUGGGGAGUACCCCCUCCUUUGUCACCAUACUGUUCCCAGGCCCUGUCUCCUCUUAUUCCAGAUGCAGGAUCAGAAAAUGCUGGACUGGAGACCAGCACAGACGUGGGGGAUAGUACCAGCAAAGCUAGAUCACAAGAAAAGACACCUCAAAAAACUCCAAUAACAAUGGAAUUUGACAGUGACAGUGAGUUUUCUGAACCUGAGGUCAAUUUUGAUGCAUUGAAUUCGCCUGAUGUAAAUCUUCACAGUGGAAUGGGUGAGGAGAAUAUUGAUUCUGAUGGAGACACCAAUGAUAUUGGAGGCAGUGAAUCUAACAGGUUGAUGGAAAUGGAAUAUGAUGAUGAUUUACCAAGCAUUAGUCGGAAGAGGAAAUCUCAAGAUGAUAGUGAUGAUUUCAUUUCUACGCCAAAGAGGUCAAAGACAAAGAAAAGCAGAGACAAGGCCAAAGACAUCAAAGGAAUGACCCUUGGUACACAGGCUGCUACCAACUUAUCGAGUGAUCAGAAAGGAUCACGUGAUGUGAAAAAAAAAACAUCGUCACAGAUGUCAAAAGUCAGACAACUAAUGCAGAAGCUGAAAGCUAAGAAAUCUGGUGGGCAGGUGGUGGAGGAGAGUCCAGAUCCUGAAAGGUUCCCUGUACCCACCAGAUCUAGUCAGGAGACACCAGGUGAUGUUCCAAGCUCAAGUCGGGCCCAGAGAAAGCUUUUACUGGAUACUGGCAAUUCGUAUCAGACUGCUCAGAAUCACAUUCAAAGAUGCAGAGACAUUUUGCAGACACUGAGGAGAGAAUUUCAGCAGUCCCCUAGAUUAAUAGAAAAUCCCAGAGUAAUACAGUGGAUGAAGAAUAUGAAGGAGCUGGAGUCCAAGUUAGAACUGUCUAAGACUGUGAUAGCUGUAGUGGGGGACACAGGGUCGGGGAAGUCCUCCCUAAUGAACGCUUUACUGGACCAGCUGGACAUUCUACCCACGUCAGGAAUGCGGGCAUGUACAGCAGUGGUGGUGGAGGUGGUCAAUAAUCCCAACAACACAAAGUAUGAGGCAGACAUCACCUUCCUCUCAAAACAGGAAUGGCACACAGAACUCCGCCUAUUGUUGAGGGAUCUUACUGAUGUAAAUGGGAAGAUCAAGAAGGGAAUUCCAGAUCCCAAGUCCGAGGCUGGUGUGGCAUUCCUUAAGAUUAAGGCUGUUUAUGGAAAGAUUGACACAUAUGAUGUACUCAUUCGUCAAUCAGUAGUCACCAGGUGGCUUGACAGAGUCCGAACCAUUGCAGAAUCAGAUCCUAAAACCUUCAGGAAUUCCAUCGAUAAAUACAUAGAAACUGCUGACCCUGGUGCUGGGGGUCAGUAUUGGCCAAUCGUGAAGAAGGUUACAAUUCGUUUACCUAACUGUGAUGCCUGCAGUAGUGGAGCAGUACUUGUGGAUCUUCCAGGUGUGAGGGACUCGAACGCUGCCCGAGAUAAAAUAGCUCGAGAUCAUUUGAAGAAUUGUACCGCUGUGUGGGUUGUGUCCUCCAUUCAUCGGGCCAUUGAUGAUAAGACAGCCAAGGAUCUACUGGGAGAGAACUUCCGCAGACAAUUGUUAAUGGAUGGACAGUAUGGAAAUAUAGCGUUUAUCUGUACAAAGACAGAUAUCAUCAAAAACUCGGAAAUUAUCAGAGGGCUGCAUCUUGAGAAGGAUGUGCAAGCUCUUGAGGCGGAGAUAAAUCGUCUGGAGAUGGAGAAGAAUGAUUUAGAGGUCAGCAAAACCACCAACAAGCAGUGUAUAGACCAGAUGAGGAAGGAGAACCGAGAACUGAGGCAGAACAUUGAGGAGAUUGAGGAGUGCCGGAGGUCAGAGGACAUUGAUGGGAAAGAAGAUUCACAGGAGGUCCAAGAAAUAAAGGAUGUGCUGGUUGACAAGCAAGAAGCAAUCCGAAAAAAUAAAGAGCUGAUUCAGUCGUACCAUAAAUCUAUCACUGAAGCUGAUAACACCUGUCUACAGCACGAGAUGACCAUUGGUCAGAAGAGAAAAGAACUUUCCAGCUUGUGUGCCAAGGCCAGGAAUAACUACUCCAAAAAGGAAAUUAAAAGGGAUUUCAAGGCUGGACUAAGGGAAAUGAAGAGGAAGGCCGGGAUGUCUAACGUAGAGGAGAUGGAUGAGGAUGAUUUAUACAACAGCGAAGAUGAUGAUGAAGAUAUUGGAUCUUCAGCUGAGAACCUGAGGGUGUUCUGUGUCAGCGCCAGUGAAUACCAGAAAAUGAGGAACAUCAUCAUUGACGAUGGACCCCCUACUGUGUUUAGUAUGGAAGAGGACACUCAGAUUCCGGCCUUGCGGUCGUACAUCCACCAGAUGACUGCUGUUCGACACCGAAGCAGUAUAGAGAGGAUUCUACAGAGGGUGGCACAGUUUGUGUUUGAUGUCCAGAAUUAUCUCACUGAAAAUGGAACCAUUCAGACAAAGGGAGAAAGACAGAAAUCACAAAGUGCAAUUGUGCAGAGGACACAAUUACUUGUGCAGAAGUUUGAUUCCUUGAUAGCAGAUCUACAGCAGGAUAUAGAGAAGGCGUUCUCCAAUCAGAUCAGACCUAAGCUAGGAGAGGGUAUCACCGCAGCCUCAACAAAAGCCAAUGAGCAAGCAACUAAAUGGGGUUCACCGAUGAACAAGGAGAACAAACAGGCUGGGGGACUACAUUGGUGUACGUACCGAGCAGCUGUACAGAGACAAGGGGUUUAUCAAUCCCCGUCAUACGGACCGGUCAAUUUCAACGAGGAUCUCACAGCUCCUAUGUAUACAAGGAUAUCCAUCGUAUGGGAUAAAGUCUUUAGUGGAAUACUAUGGGGUUACUUUGAGAAGUUUAAGACAGCAGUACUGACUACACUGAAUCAAUUUAUCCAGAACCUGAUUCAAGAGCUUCAUACACAUGGUGUACAGCCAAGCAGUACACAGAGGGUCCAGGCUUACAUCUCAGACAAUGCUAAACAUCAGUUGACGGAGAUGGUGGCUGCCCUUAAAGAAUUUGUGACAGAGAGACAGAGGGAUGCUAACCGAGUUCUGACACCUGGAAUACAGGAGAACAUGACUCCAACCUACAAUGCUUGUGCUGCAGAGAGUGGAACAGGAACCUAUCAGAGGAUGAAGGAUGGCAUGGCAGCUGGUAUCGACAAAGCAAGGUUUUAUAUGUUUGAUGAUGCCUCUCGUAACCUGCUGCAGGAAUUGGAACAAAUCAAGGUUGAGGUGACAGAAAUCGUACAGGGAGUGUGCCGUGGUCUUUGUUGUACUGUACAGGUGGCCUUUGAGCCCCUUUGGGAGGCCCCGGGGAACAAUCUGGAACUCAGAGACACACUUAUACCAAGUGUAACAGAGGUUUCACUCCAGGUGUGUAAGAUAAUGGAGGAAGCAGGAGUAGAGGUACCUGUAACUAAUCCAGGAUCACUUCCUGUCACACCCACCAAUGGGGCUUCUGUCCAAUCAGCAGCAUCACUUCCUGUCACACCCACCAAUGGGGCUUCUGUCCAAUCAGCAGCAUCACUUCCUGUCACACCCACCAAUGCGGCUUCUGUCCAAUCAGCAGCAGCAUUUCCUGUCACACCCACCAGUGGGGCUUCUGUCCAAUCAGCAGCAUCAUUUCCUGUCACACCCACCAACGGGGCUUCUGUCCAAUCAGCAGUGACAAAUGCAGAAGGAUAUCAGGGUAUACAGAGAACAGAUGGUAACUCAUUAGAAUUGCUGUUGAGUUUUGUUCUUGAGGAACUUCUAGCCGGAUCUUCAGAUUCUGAACUUCUCACCUCAAUCAAAACAGAACCAUCAUACAAUGUUUCCAAAAUCAAGAGAGAAAGGACAGUCUCUACUCAGUAUGCAACUCCAGUCAGAUUUUCCUCCAUAAAAUCAGAACCUUCAUCUGGUAUUCAAGUUUGUUGUUUUUGUGGACACCCAGGGACUAAUCCCAGUGAAUGUGAUAAGUGCCAUGUCCCCAGACGAUCCCCUCAAGGCCAUCUAUUCAAGAGUUGUAAAGUUUGCAAACAGAUGGGAGAGAAUGCCCAAAUAUGUGAAAUCUGUAAGAGAUGCCGUCAAUGUUUGAAUAUCAUCACAUCUCUAAACCAGCAAUGUGAACACUGCCAAGCUCCAAGAUCAAGGAUUGUAGGAUCUACAGGCAGUGUUUCUAUGAAUCAACAAAAUGUUGUGUCUCAAACCAUCACCUCUGCAAGUGUCAGCUCAGUUCCACAGAAUCCGUCCACACGUACAGCAGAUCAAAGCGGUGCCAGAGUCAGUGAUGGAUCAGCUUUUAGAGUAAUGUUCUCCACACUUCCACCAAAUGUUGUUCAGCAGACUACCUUCCCAGCCAGUUCAUCUUGCCAAAUUCCGUCUUCCACACUUCCACCCAAUGUUUGUCAAACCUCCAGUAAAACUCGCAACCCAUCAACAUAUACCAAUAGUGGUAAAGGUCAACCACACCAUGAAAUGUUUAAUACAUUAAAGAGACUAGCUGAUAAAGUGGGUUCACCCAAGCAUCAGCUAUCUGCUUCCCAGCCUGUACGACAGGGCAGAAACACAGCCACUCAUUCCCAGGGACCAACUAUGUCACAGAUAAGAAGUCUUACUCCACAGUCUAGUAAUCAGAUCCUGUAUGACAGACGAAGUAGUACGCCUUAUAGCAGACUGAGUAGUAGCCAGCCAUCUGAUCAGAAAGAUAGGAAGCGUACCAUGAAACCACCCUCCAGAGUGCCAAAAAAUUUAGGAUUUAAGGACAUGAGGAACAAUCCAUGAUUCAGUAGGAUUUAAGGACAUGAGGAACAAUCCAUGAUUCAGUAGGAUUUAAGGACAUGAGGAACAAUCCAUAAUUCAGUUGGAUUUAAGGAGAACAAUCCCUAAGAAGAGAGUUGUACAGCUGUAGGAGAUUGUUGUAACCACAAAAUGGUGGAUGCCACUGAAAUACUGUGGAAUCAUUAGAUUUUAUGGUGGCCUAAUAUUUGUGGAAUGACAUCCACAAAUUAAUAUCCUCAGAGAGUUAUUACAUUCUCGUUUCAGAGUUAUCUUUCCUUCUGUAUUUAUGAUUGAAUACACAAAAUUAUGUCUCCAUGAUCUGGUAAAAUCAAGCAAUCUAUGAAAAUUAACCCCCAUGAAUUUUAAUGACUCCACAGUAGUAUAGGUUAUAGUGCUACAUGCAGUGCUUUUAUACCAACACUUUUUUAAACUUUUUUUUCAAUCAUGGUCAAAAAAUGUUUAAGCUCUCCUACAUGUACUUACUGUUGAACUGUUUUGCUGAAUAAAUUUGCAUAAUCUGAUGGUUUUAUAUUGUAAAUGACAUGUAAAUUUUGAUGUUUUUAACCUUUUGAAUGUGUUGUAAUUAACUUUUUUGUUUAAUUCAGAAAAUCAACUAUUAGAGAUCUUUAAAUUAAAUAUUGGAAGGUUGUUGCUAUUUUGACAUUUUUUUGUAUGUUUUUUUUUUUUUUUACUUUUUAAUUCCACUUUUAGUAAA